AUGGCGAGUGCAAGCGCUUUGGGGUCGUCGUCGUCGACGUCGCCGCCACGGCAUUGGGGGUCCGACCUGCUGCUGCGCAAGGUUCCGCUCUAUGCUCAGGCGCGGCAGUACGCCGCCGUCGAUCCCGACGACCCGCGGUCAGAGGGCAACACGCUCGGCUACGGAUCGAGCAGCUACCCGCUCCUGGCGGCGGUGCGCUCGUGCUACAACAUGCUGAAUGGUGACGAGGUAGCGGCUGAAACCUUAGGUCUGGGUGCGGCCACCGCAGUGGUGGACCGCUCUCCCUUCAGCGGCAUCGACAGAGCUGGAUACGCCCACGUACCGGCACAGCGCAAGUGGACGGUCGCUGAUCCGCUGGCGGCGGACUUGGCGUCGCCGAACUCGGAGCAGUCGACUGCCUUGGUUCGCCGCGCUGCUGCCGCCGCACUGCUGGAUAACGCGAUCGGCCCCGCGACUCUGGCGCAGAUGCUGGAGCCGUGGUUUGGCAUUAUCGAAGAUCGACUGUGCGCUGGCGCGCAACAGCAGCAGCUCGAAGAGCUUGCGCGGUCAGAAAAACAAAAGAGGGGAAGAGAGGCGGCCAAGCGGAGCAACAGCGGCGCAGCUGGAGCGCUGGAGGAGGGCGAUACUGUGGUGAAUAACAGUGUGAGAGUCGCGGACGCGGACGCGUCGCGCAUGCUGCGCCGCAAGCGCAUCUACGACCGGGAGGAAGAGACACACGGCGUUGUUUACACACGGCUCGAGAGCACCAUUCUGCAUUACAGUGCGGCGACGCAAGAGGAAAAAGAGGUGCUGCGCAGCAUACGGGUAGCUAGCAAUGACUCUUCGACGGACGCGCUUGUCCCCGGCGAAGGCAGUACCGCAGCACUGCCAUCGCAGGAGACGUGGGGCAGUCGCAUGCUGUCACUUGUUACGUCCACCGUGGCUUCGGAGGCCGGAAGCGGCGCCGUGCGCCGCAGCGACGAGGAGGUCGAGCAGCAGCAGAAGGUGUUGGCCUACCUGAAGCGUGUGCGCUGGAUCGCCACACAGUGGAACAGCACCACGAACCAGAUGGCGUUCAAGGACGCUGGGGCGUCUGCACCGUCGUGGGGCCAGAUGACAGAGGCGCAGCGCGUGAAGACGGAGAUGCUGCACGCGCAGGGGCAGCGGCGCCGCUUCCGGCGUCCACGUCGCGGCGGUGAUGGUGGAGCUAAGGGUAACGGGGACGACGCCGACGCUGCCUUGGGGAACGAACUUGGAUCAGCGUGA